UUUCUGCUUCACCUUUCUGGUGUUGGUACAUGAGCAACGGUUAAAAGUUGCUUACUUGCUUUCUUUCAUUAUGGGGAAGAACAAGAAGAAAUCAAACCUGUCCCAUGCAGAGAUGAUGAUGAUGACUGUGUCUGAUAUCAUCAGUCAGCUUGUCACUGCUCAUGAAGAAAACAAAGAUGUUAAUCUCAAUAGAAUCAAAAGUUUGACUGCCAAAAAGUAUGGUCUGACCUCUCAACCCCGUCUUGUCGAUAUCAUCGCAGCUGUCCCCCAAGCUCACAAGAAGGCUCUUAUUCCAAAGUUGAAAGCUAAACCAAUAAGGACAGCCAGUGGGAUAGCAGUUGUAGCAGUGAUGUGUAAGCCCCAUAGAUGCCCUCAUAUUAGCAUGACAGGCAAUAUAUGCGUGUACUGCCCGGGUGGACCGGACUCAGAUUUUGAGUAUUCUACUCAGUCAUACACUGGAUACGAGCCCACUUCAAUGCGUGCUAUCCGUGCCCGAUACAACCCUUACCUUCAAACCAGACACAGAGUGGAUCAGCUAAAACAGCUUGGUCACAGCGUUGAUAAGGUGGAGUUUAUUGUUAUGGGCGGGACCUUCAUGGCACUGUCCGAGGAGUACAGAGACUACUUCAUCCGUAACCUGCAUGACGCCCUCUCUGGUCAUACAAGCAACAGUGUGGAAGAGGCAGUCAAGUUUUCUGAGAGGAGUAAGACAAAGUGUAUCGGUAUCACCAUAGAAACCAGACCAGACUACUGCCUCAAGAGACAUCUCAGUGAUAUGCUGAAGUAUGGCUGCACCAGAUUAGAGAUUGGUGUACAGAGUGUCUAUGAAGAUGUAGCCAGAGAUACAAAUAGGGGUCAUACUGUUCGGGCUGUUUGUGAAUCAUUCCAGAUGUCAAAGGAUGCUGGUUUUAAGGUUGUCUCUCACAUGAUGCCCGACCUUCCUAAUGUUGACCUUGAGAGAGAUGUAGAACAGUUCAUUGAAUUCUUUGAGAAUCCAGCCUUCCGUCCCGACGGUCUGAAGCUCUACCCAACCCUGGUCAUCAGGGGUACAGGUCUGUAUGAACUCUGGAAGACUGGACGAUACAAGAGCUACCCUCCCAGCACCCUGGUCGAUCUGGUCGCUAGGAUCUUGGCCUUGGUGCCGCCUUGGACAAGGGUGUACAGAGUUCAGAGGGAUAUCCCAAUGCCUUUGGUGAGUUCUGGAGUUGAGCAUGGUAACCUAAGAGAGUUAGCCCUGGCUAGGAUGAGAGAUCUUGGUACACAGUGUAGAGAUGUAAGGACUAGAGAGGUCGGGAUUCAAGAAAUACAUCACAAGGUCAAACCAUAUGAGGUUGAGUUGAUACGUCGUGAUUACUACUCCAGUAGCGGAUGGGAGACGUUCUUAUCUUACGAAGAUCCAGAACAAGAUAUUCUGAUUGGUCUGCUCAGGCUGAGAAAGUGCUCUGACCUCACAUUCAGACCGGAGCUCAAAGGGGGCGUGUCUAUCGUUCGAGAGCUUCAUGUAUAUGGAAGUGUUGUUCCUGUUAACUCAAGAGAUCCAAGGAAGUUCCAGCAUCAGGGCUUUGGAAUGCUUCUAAUGGAGGAGGCCGAGCGGAUUGCCAGGGAGGAGCAUGGAUCAGGGAAGAUCUCUGUCAUAUCAGGAGUAGGGACCAGGAACUAUUACCGCAAGCUGGGCUAUGAGCUUGAUGGUCCGUACAUGUCAAAGACUUUGGAUUGAUCCGUCUUAUCUAAGAUUGAAGGAACUAUUACCGCAAGCUAGGCUAUGAGCUUGAUGGUCCAUACAUGUCAAAGUCUUUGGAUUGAUCUGUCUUAUCUAAGAUUGAAGGGACUAUUACAUUGUACUGCAAGC